AUGACAGCGCCCUGCUCCCGGCUGGCCCGGCUUCUUCCGAGCCGCCGGCCGGGACUCGUGCCGUUCCCGCCGCCGCUGCUGUUGCUGCUGCUGCUGGCGGCCGCGGGGCCGGCGCGCGGCUGGGAGAGCGGAGACCUGGAGUUAUUUGACUUGGUGGAGGAGGUGCAGCUCAACUUCUACCAGUUCCUCGGGGUGCAGCAGGAUGCUUCAUCUGCAGACAUUAGAAAAGCAUAUCGUAAGCUUUCACUAACUCUGCAUCCAGACAAGAAUAAAGAUGAAAAUGCAGAAACUCAGUUUAGACAAUUGGUGGCCAUUUAUGAAGUUUUAAAGGACGAUGAACGAAGGCAGAGGUAUGAUGAUAUUCUGAUCAAUGGACUUCCAGAUUGGCGACAGCCUGUAUUCUACUACAGGCGGGUGAGAAAAAUGAGCAAUGCUGAGCUGGCAUUACUUUUGUUCAUUAUUCUCACAGUGGGUCAUUAUGCUGUGGUUUGGUCAAUCUACCUGGAAAAACAACUGGAUGAACUGCUCAGUAGAAAAAAGAGAGAAAAGAAAAAAAAGACAGGCGGCAAGACUGUGGAUGUAUCAAAACUUGGUGCUUCAGAAAAAAAUGAAAGAUUACUGGUGAAACCGCAGUGGCAUGAUUUGCUUCCCUGCAAGCUGGGAAUUUGGUUUUGCCUUACACUAAAAGCAUUGCCUCAUCUAAUCCAGGAUGCUGGGCAGUUUUAUGCUAAAUAUAAAGAAACAAGAUUGAAGGAAAAGGAAGAUGAACUGACAAGAGCUGAACUUGAAACACUUCAAAAACAGAAGAAAGUUAAAAUAAAAAAACCAAAACCUGAAUUUCCUGUAUAUACGCCUUUAGAAAGUACAUAUAUUCAAUCUUAUGAUCAUGGAACUUCUAUAGAAGAAAUUGAGGAACAAAUGGAUUACUGGUUAGAAAACAGGAACAGAACACAGAAAAAACAGGCACCUGAAUGGACAGAAGAGGACCUCAGCCAGCUGACAAGAAGUAUGGUGAAGUUCCCAGGAGGGACCCCAGGUCGAUGGGAAAAGAUUGCCCACGAAUUGGGUCGAUCCGUGACAGAUGUGACAACCAAAGCCAAGCAACUGAAGGAUUCAGUUACCUGUUCCCCAGGGAUGGUCAGGCUCUCGGAACUCAGAUACACAGCUCAGAACUCCAGGCCCAUCAGGACCACCGCAGCCUUGCCGGACAGCAUCAUCACCCAGCGGGAAGAAGCCCAGUCCGCCACGGAGGAGGAGGAGGAGGCGGCGGCCGAGCCGGGGGCAGAGGCCGCGGAGGAGAGCCGGCCGCGGAGGCGGAGGCCGGCCCGGCCCACCGAGCCGGAGGAGCGGGUCCGGGGGAGGAGGCAGAAGGACUUCGACCUGUCAGAGCAGCACGAGUCCAGUGACGAGGAGAGCCAGCAGAGAGCGCGCGCACGAGCUGCAGAGGAGCCCUGGACUCAGAACCAACAGAAGCUUCUGGAACUAGCGUUACAGCAGUACCCGAGGGGGUCCUCUGACCGCUGGGACAAGAUAGCCAAGUGUGUCCCGUCCAAGAGCAAGGAAGACUGUAUCGCUAGAUACAAGCUGCUGGUUGAACUGAUUCAAAAGAAAAAACAAGCUAGAAGCUGA